AUGUAUGAGCGCGUCGAGGAUGGCUUCAGGACGAUUGCCAACACCGUCAAGCUGGCCGGCCGGAACGAGCCCAAGGCCAACAUCCCACAGCUUGUGUACAGCUGGCUGUCCAACGAACGGAACGGCAGAUGGAUCAUGAUCCUUGAUAGCGCUGACGACCGCGAUGUGUUCGACAACGCGAAUAUUGCCCACGGCACGACCAGCGGCAAUGAGCGCGAGAGGCGGCCGUUUGCGACAUACCUACCGCAGAGCCAAAAUGGAUCGAUUAUUGUCACAACACGUAACAGGGAGUUAGCAUUCAGACUGACCGGGCGCCGUCAAAAUAUGAUCGAAGUCGGACCGAUGGCGCAGACAGAUGCCCUCACACUCCUGGAGAAGAAGCUAGGAUCGCCCGCGGAUCUAGAUGUGGCGGCCGAUCUCGUACAGGCGCUCGACCUCGUUCCGUUGGCCAUUAGCCAGGCUGCCGCCUACAUACAGGCAAGGGCGCCGCGGAGCUCGCCCGAGAAGUACUUAGCUGAGUUCCGGAAGAAUGAGCAUAGAAAGAGCAGUCUUUUACAGUACGAUGCUGGGGACCUACGACGGGAUGGAGGCGCAUCGAACGCGGUUCUUACCACAUGGCAAAUAUCUUUUGACUACAUCCGGUCUAAGCGGCCGUCUGCGGCGGAUCUCUUGUCACUUAUGAGCUUUUUCGACCGGCAAGGUAUCCCUGGUUGGGUUUUAGAACCUCCUAGAGUUACUAAAGAGGAUAUUCCAGGACGGCGUAUAGACGAGGACGGAGAUACAGACUUUGAUAACGGCAGAAGUGCUACAGAUGGUGCCGUAGAUGAUGACAUGGAUGGUGACACAGAUAGUAACCUCACGGAUGAUAGUGCAGAUACCACUGAUUAUGGAUUCGAUGAUGAUGUGGCGAUGCUGAGAGACUACUGCCUCAUAGCGACGACUGAGAUAGACGAGUUUGAGAUGCACGGGCUUGUGCAGUUCUCAACGAGGAAGUGGCUGGAACAAUGGGGGCAGCAGGAGACGUUCAAACAGAAGUUUAUCGAGCGAAUGGCAGCGUUAUUCCCAACUGGAGACUACAAGAACUGGGCGACUUGUCGAAAUCUCUUCGCACACGUUCAAGUGGCCCUCGGUUACCGACCCAGCGAGAAUAGGGAGGAAAUAUGGGCGACGCUUUUGUAUAAUGGGGGUUGGUUUGCAUGGUCGCAAGGGAGAUACGAGGUGGCACAGCGGAUGGUGGGCAAAGCGAGACGAGUUCGCGAGAAUAGACUGGGAAAAGAGGAUACGGCGAGUCUAGGUAGUAUGUCACUGUUUGCUCUGGUCCUUUUGGACCGAGGCCAGUGGGAGGAGGCCGAGAAGCUGGAGGUGCAGGUGAUGGAGACUCGCAAGACCAAGCUUGGGGCCGAUCACCCAGAUACGCUGUCGAGCAUGGCCAACCUAGCGUCGACAUUUUGGAACCAGGGCCGGUGGGAGGAGGCCGAGAAGCUGUUUGUGCAGGUGAUGGAGACGAGCAAGACCAAGCUUGGGGCCGAUCACCCAGAUACGCUGACGAGCAUGGCCAACCUAGCGUCGACAUACAGGAGCCAGGGCCGGUGGGAGGAGGCCGAGAAGCUGUUUGUGCAGGUGAUGGAGACUCGCAAGACCAAGCUUGGGGCCGAUCACCCAGAUACGCUGUCGAGCAUGGCCAACCUAGCGUCGACAUUUUGGAACCAGGGCCGGUGGGAGGAGGCCGAGAAGCUGUUUGUGCAGGUGAUGGAGACGAGCAAGACCAAGCUUGGGGCCGAUCACCCAGACUACGCUGACGAGCAUGGCCAACCUAGCGUCGACAUUUUG